AUGAAGGAUCUUCCAAUUGACCAUGGAGGGGCAGAAGGUAAAUGUCUAUACAUUGACACAGAAGGCACAUUUAGACCAGAGAGACUUCUGGCAGUAGCUGAAAGAUAUGGGCUAGCAGGACAAGAGGUUCUUGACAAUGUGGCUUAUGCCAGGGCCUACAAUUCUGACCAUCAGUCACAGCUCUUACUGCAAGCAUCUGCCAUGAUGGCUGAGUCAAGAUAUGCUCUAAUGAUUGUCGACAGUGCCACAGCUUUAUAUCGGACUGACUACUCAGGACGUGGAGAAUUAGCCACUCGCCAAAUGCACUUAGCAAGAUUCCUGAGAACUCUUCUCAAACUUGCAGAUGAGUUUGGUGUAGCUAUUGUCAUUACAAACCAAGUCGUAGCUCAAGUGGAUGGUGCUUCCAUGUUCCAAGCUGAUCCCAAAAAACCGAUAGGUGGAAACAUCAUGGCUCAUGCAUCAACAACAAGAUUGUAUUUGAGGAAAGGAAGAGGGGAGACAAGAAUUUGCAAGAUUUACGACUCGCCAUGUUUGCCUGAGGCUGAAGCCAUGUUUGCCAUUAAUGCAGAUGGUGUUGGAGAUGCCAAGGACUAAAAGAUGCAAAGUGCAUAAUGGCAUCUAUUUGUUCAGUGGACAUAAACUCCUGACUUGUACUGU